AGUGCAGGUGAGAGAAAAAAAAAGCCAGAGGAGGAGGAGGCGCAUGUGGAGGAGAGAGAGAAUGCGGGACUCUUGGAAAAAGACGCAUCUACACUCGGUCCAUCACGAGACAUCUAUCCUGAACACAGGCUGCAUGGAUUACGCUUAAUUGAGGAUGAUGUUGGAAUCUCAAUGUUAGCCCAUCAAGAGAGGCUAUAAUUCUCUGUUUUAUUAGGGAAAAAACAGUGAGAAACUCGCUCUGAAAAGCACUCUUGUCUCCUCAUAACUUGCGUGAAGGAAUUCGACGGCUUGGCACGUUGCUCCACUGCGGGGAAAAAAGGAAAACGCAGCUGGAUCUGAAGGUAAGAGGAGAUCCAGUAGCAGCAUCCCAAAGACUUUUCUCAAACUGAUUUCCAUUCCUCUUUUGAGGCUGUGGGUUAAUGUUCCUCGGCGUCCGGAGACCUGAGCAGUGUUUUUUCCCCCUUUCGUGGGGUGCUGCAUUGCAGUUUCUAACUGUGAAAAACGCAAGAAAAGCCUGACUGGAAUUAAAAAAUGGCAUUAUGAACUGAUAAGCAUCCUCGUGUGACAGCGGGAUAGAUCUCCAGUUUACGGGAAAGAAAGAGUGAAGUGGAUUAUCUAAAGGCUGAUGAAUUAGUUGUUUCUUUUCUUCGCAGCAGGAUGGAUUUUUUAAUAUAUUUGUGGCGUGAACAGCCCGGCAAAACAACACCAGUUUUAUUAUAGAAGUUGAAAAAGCCCUUCUGGGUAUAAGAGGAGGAUAAAAGAAAGGAGCCUGCACCGCUGAAGUGAACUACAGUGAGAGUGCGGAAGCUUUUCCCCGGACCUCAAGCGGCAGUCCGCAGAGAGAGAUAGGGUAAGAAAGGAUAAAUCAAACACCCACGCUGUGAGCUACACCAGACCACAAAACACCAAUAAAGAAAAGACAAGCGGCUGCUCAGAGGCAGACAGUGGGAAGGAGAGAGGCGAGAGGAAGAAGGAGCCAUGCAGAGACUUGGUGCAGUGCACUCCUCCGCGGCGCAGGCUCUCAGCCUCGUGGUCUUAGUGCUGCAGCUGCUGACUCAGCUACCGGGUGCCGACUCAGCUCUCCGGUACCGAGUGGCGGAGGAGGGCCCACCUGACGUCAAGAUUGGCAACGUGGCCGCCGACCUGGGCCUCACUGCAGGUACAGGCAGCGGGGAUGUCACCUUCGCCCUGGAGAGUGGCUCAGAGUUCUUCAAGAUUGACAAUGUGACAGGUGAGCUGACAACAGGUACACGGCGCAUUGACAGAGAGAAGCUCCAACAGUGCCAGAUGAUAUUUGAUGAAAAUGAGUGUUUCUUGGACUUUGAGGUAUCAGUGAUUGGACCGCUGCAGAGCUGGGUAGACCUGUUUGAAGGCCGAGUGGUCAUAACAGACAUCAAUGACUACACACCUUCCUUCCCCUCACCUGUGCUUCAGCUCUCCGUUGAGGAGAAUCGCCCAAUAGGAACUCUUUACCUGCUGCCCACAGCAACAGACAGGGAUUUUGGCCGAAAUGGCAUUGACCGCUAUGAGCUGAUUCAAGAUGGUGCAGCUGGGUCAAGUUCAACAAGACGCACAGCAGGAGGAAACCCCAUUGCUAGAGUGGACGGACUUGGGGACCGAAGGGGUAGAAGUGGAGAUAAUGGAGGAGGACCCAGGAGCACUGUGUUUGAACUACAAGUUGCAGAUAUACCAGAUGGUGAAAAACAACCACAGCUCAUUGUGAAAGGCACUUUAGAUCGUGAGCUAAAAGACUCAUAUGAGCUCGUCCUCAGGGUUCGAGAUGGAGGGAACCCACCACGUUCCUCCCAAGCCCUGCUUCGUGUUUCCAUCACCGAUGUGAAUGACAACAGCCCACAGUUCGAGAGGUCCACAUAUGAGGCAGAAAUGGCAGAAAACGCUCCUCCAGGUACACCUGUCCUCCAGGUCAGAGCUUCAGACCGUGACAUUGGAGUCAACGGGCAGGUUGAGUAUGUCUUUGGAGCAGCCACUGAAUCAGUCAGGCGACUCCUGCGGCUGGACGAGGCCACUGGAUGGCUGAGCGUCCUUCACAGGAUUGACAGGGAAGAUGUGGCACAACUGAGGUUCACAGUAACGGCCAGAGACCGGGGUCAGCCACCUCGCACUGACCGCACAACUGUAAUUUUGGCUGUACGGGAUGAAAAUGACAACGUCCCGGUCGUAGAGAUCCGAAAGAUCGGACGGAUCCCCGUUCGAGAUGGAGCAGCGUUGGUACCAGAGAAUGUUCUGGUGGACACACCAGUAGCUCUGGUACAGGUGUCAGACCGAGACCAGGGAGAGAAUGGAGCUGUGACGUGCACAGUUGUAGGAGACGUCCCAUUCACAUUGAAGCCAGCUGGUGAAACAGCGCUCCCACCCUUGCCUGCAGAUGAAGCCUUUGACAGGAAUAAGAAAAAAUACUUCUUGCAUACUUCCGCCUUGCUGGACUACGAGGCCACCAAAGAGUACAGUGUUACCAUAGUGGCAGUAGAUUCUGGCAGCCCCAGUCUGUCAAGCAACAGCUCACUGAUGGUGCGCGUGGUAGAUAUCAAUGACCAUGCCCCAACCUUUGCCCAGAGCGUUGUGGAGGUCCACUUUGCUGAGAACAACUCACCUGGUGAAAGGGUAGUCACUGUGUUAGCCACAGAUGCAGACAGCGGCAAGAAUGCAGAGAUUGCAUACUCCCUGGACCCUGCUGGUAACGGACCAUUUUACAUAGAUGCAGAUAAUGGAGAUAUCCGUGCCACUGGGGUUCUGGACCGUGAACAGCGAGAGAGGUAUGAACUCCGGGUUAUUGCCAAGGACAAGGGAACACCUUCUCUGCAAGGCUCUGCAACUGUUGUUGUUCAGGUGACAGACCGCAAUGACAAUGCGCCAAAGUUUGUCCAGGAAAUCUUUAUAUUCUACGUGAAAGAGAACCUGCUUGCCAACAGCCCAGUUGGCAUGGUCACUGUGACCGAUGCCGACGAAGGCGAGAAUGCAGAACUUAGUCUGUUUGUAGAGAUGGAUGGAGUUGAUGAGAAGAAGACGGUAGAGAAGGUGGAAGGAGAAGAUGGCGAGAAGGAGCAAGAAGAGAUGUUUUCCAUUGAUAACAACACAGGAACUAUCUUUUCUUCUGCAUCGUUUGACCGUGAAAAGCUUUCCACCUACAUCUUCCGUGUCCGGGCUGUGGAUGGAGGGGAGCCCCGCAAAACUGCCACCGCCACUGUCUCUCUCUGUGUGACGGAUGAAAAUGACAACGCCCCCUCAAUCACAUCUCCAUCCAAUGAGUCCUACACCCUCCUCCCACCUGCCAGCAGUGCCCGUACCAUCGUCAGGACUGUAACAGCCAUAGAUACAGACACUGGUCCGAAUGCAGACCUUCACUAUGCUCUAGUGGGGGGAAAUCCCUUCAGACUGUUUGAGAUUGGCCACACCAAUGGAGUGAUCACUCUGGCAGAACCUCUGGAGCGGCGCCACAGAGGUCUGCAUCGCCUGGUGGUCCAGGUCAAUGACAGUGGGGCCCCCUCCCUCUGUGCCACUGCCCUGGUUCAUGUCUUCAUCAAUGAGAGCUUGGUCAACGCCACCCUAGUGGAUGCACAGGUGGCCCGAAGUCUGAUGGCUCCACUGUCACUGGACAUUGCGGGGGACCCAGACAGCGAGCGUGCAUUAGGCAAACAGCGCCUCAGUGUAGCUAUCGGUGUCCUGGCGGGAGCUGCAGCGGUCAUCCUGGUUAUCCUACUUGUAGUCACAGCUCGGCAAUGCGGUGCUCAGGGCAAGAAUGGCUACGAGGCAGGUAAGAAGGAGCCAGAGGAGGACUUCUUCAGUCCUCCGGGGGCACAACCGCCGACCGGUCGCAGCAGGGGAUCGGAUCGUGGACGCAAACCUCGACGAGACAAACGCAAUGGAAGUGCCGUCAGUGUGGCUGUAGGAGGAGGGAAGGCAGACAGAUCACUCUACAGUGGUAUUGUCACAGUCAACGGGCUGCGUCGCCAUGCCAAUGAAGACGAUGAGGAGGAUUUGAGCAGUGCUAGUGAUCGCCUGGCAGCCCGCUACUGUGCUAUGGACGGUGACCCCGGCAGCCCACGGAUGGGCGGUGGAAGAAGGCACCAGUCAAGCCCAGAUCUGGCCAGGCACUACAAAUCCAGCUCACCUCUCCCCGCAGUGAAUCUACAGCCCCACUCCCCCCCAGCUGAGGGAAAGAAGCACCAGGCGGUCCAGGACCUGCCUCCCUCCAACACCUUUGUGGGCAGUGGGGGUUGUGUGGGGAGUGCCGGCUCCAGCAGCAGCAGCAGCGGGGGCAGUGGCAACGCAGAUGCCAUGUCCCUGGGAUCUGACCAGUGCUCAGACUAUGGCUGCCAGACUGGGAACAAGUACAGCAAACAGGGGACCCUUCGCCGGGUGACCUUCUCUGUAGUCAGCCAGCCCCAGGACGGCGGUUGCUAUGACAGUGGCAUGGAGGACUCGGAGACACCGAGCAGCAAGAGUUCAUCAGGGCCGCGCCUGGGAGCCCUGCCGCUGCCCGAGGAAGGCUACGAGCGCACCACACCGGAGGGCAGCGUGGGGGAGGAGGAGCAUGUGGAGAAUGAUGCCAGACAGCUGCCAGACGUAGCUCUGACAGGAAAGUGUACCAGGGAGUGUGAUGAGUUCGGCCACUCUGACACUUGUUGGAUGCCCGUCCACACUUCGCCUCGCCAGCGUCAGCGCCACGGCAGCGACCCACCACGACUCUCCACCUUCGCCCCCGGAGACGAUAAUAACAAUCUCCGUGGUAACGACCACGAGAGUGACAGCGAGAGCGCUGGCAGUGCAGGGAGCUCAGAACCCGGGGUGGUGGUUGGCGGAGAAGGUCAGAGAUUACCCUUAGCCAACGGGGAUCCUCUCGGCAGCCUGGGUAGUGGAGACCGCAACAGGAACAUGGGCGAUCACAACCGCAACCUUCUGAACCGCAAGAUGACUUCGGCAUCCUAUGACACGUUUAGCAGUGCAGGCUUCGGGAGGCGCCAGCAAGACGAAGAAGGAGGAGAAGGCCAGAACCCACCUGAGGUGAUACCACUGACGCGGACAGGAGGGGACUACAAGACCACGUCCUGCCUCACAUUGUCACGCCGAGAGGUCUACCUGUGACAGCCUUGCAAUGGAUCAAUCAUCACCACACCACUCCAUUUUCUGAAAAACAGCGAGGGUUAAGAAAAGAUGUUUCCCAAAAGCCGUAUAUCAAAUUGGAACAUUUGGAUUCUGACUAUUAUUUAUAGGCACCUAAACUUAAGCAAGUAAAUGGAUUAACUCUUCCGAGAGCUCCUUCCAGGAGUACUUUCAAAAAAAAAAAAAAAAAAAAGGAAAAAUCUUUUUUAACUACUACUGAAAGUU